GCCUGACUAACUAACUAACUAACUAACUAAAUGACCGAAUUUGUCCCUAAUUUAAGCAGAUAUUUAGUUUUAUGAAAUAAAGUGUAUAAAAAAGUAGAAGGAUGAGUGGGACAAACGUCAAAGGGAACGGACACACAGGGGUCAAACAUUAGAAAAACAGAAAGGACACAGCGAGAGAGAGAGAGAGAGAGAAUGUAGUGGGCAGGAGAAAGCAGGAGUCACAGGGAACAAACGCCGACCCCUAAAGGUCAGGGCGCGGUGUGGAAAGGGGCGGAGUCCACCUUCAUUUGGAACAAUGUGAGCCCGUGAUUGACAGGUGAGGGAGGGAUGGGGCGAUCCGGGAGCUCUAUAAAAUAGCACCAUCGGCAACCUGUGGCACUCGUGGAGGAAAUCUCUCGCUCAUACACUCGACUCUACGUUCAGCAGAGGAACUUCUGGAGAUGGCUGACUUCGACGCAGUUCUGAAGUACUGGGGCGCCGUCGAGGGCGACUACAACGGAUUCGGAGGAGAGGUUCUGACCCGUCUGUUCCUGGAGCACCCCGAGACGCAGUCCCUGUUCCCCAAAUUCACCGGGAUCGGGCGCGGCGACUUGGCGGGGAACGCCGCCGUCGCCGCUCACGGCGCCACCGUUCUGAAGAAGCUGGGAGAACUGGUCAAGGCCAAGGGGAAUCACGCCGGCAUCCUGAAACCUCUGGCGACGACCCACGCCAACAACCACAAGAUCGGCAUCAACAACUUCAAGAUGAUCAGCGAGAUCAUCGUCAAGGUAAUGGCGGAGAAGGCCGGGCUGGACGGCGCCGGCCAGGACGCCAUGAGACAGGUUCUGUCCGCCGUCAUCAACGACAUCGACGGCUACUACAAGGAGCUGGGCUUCGCCGGGUAGAGACCCUGACCCUGACCGCGCCGAGCCGGUGAUCGAGUAGCCAGCGAACGUACCCGUCAACCAAUCACAGCGCUUCUAAUUAACUCCGCUUCCGUCUCCGAGAGGGUUCGAACCGCGCUCUAGUGAGCAAGAUCAUCUGAUAGGUCGUGUCGUGUCGUUACGUCAUUAAAUAUAUCAAAGAAUUAAUAGACCCCCCCCAUGACUGCAGCCGCCGCCUCCUGAAACGUGAGUUUUAUUGGCUGGAGUAAAAAAAUAUACGUGGUCUGGGUGAGCUGAGCAGAAAUCCCUCCAUCCGUCUCCAAGAGCCGAAUCGGUUCUUCGUACUUAGCUCGGACCUGAACUUCCGGACCCGGGCACAAAUACCAGCCGUCCACGUGGUCAUCUGUGCUGAUCCGAGUCUAGAACCCGAGAGCUAAACCCAAGUCAUCGUACGAUUAUUUGAUCUGGUGCUUCGCGCUCAGUCGGAUCGCUUCCAUCCGACAAUCCGGCCCUAAAUGAUCACUGGCGGACGACAGAUCCGCCUCAACACCUCGCGGCUCGUUCACCCUCUUCGAUUUUGCGUCGCUAUUAACCCGUCCACGUUUUUACUCGUCCGUUUUGCUCGUCGGUGAUUUAGCGUAACGAUGGAAUGUAUCUGUUAACUCGCUUUUACUCUCUGUGUGAUUAAUACUGAUGAUUAAUAAACGUUUCUCUGAUGAAAUAAAUAAACAAAA